AUGCCAACUGUGGUCGUGGCACAUUUUAAAACGAACAUAUACGAAUAUCUUGAAGCUUUACAGAAGUCUACCCUCGACAAGUUAUACGAAGAGCCAGCAACAUGCUUGGCCAUAUUCAGACUCCUUCCAUCAUUAGCAAGACAAUUGGUAAUGUCUUUGCUAUUUUCUACUCAAAUUAUGAGUAAAGCCGAUUUAAGGCAAUGGAUUAAAAAUGACAAAGAAUCAUUGUCGAAAUUUGAAGAAGCUUUGGACAAAUUACAGAAGUUGCAUAUUAUGAUUGAACAAGAAAAUAAAACAAUAGCUUUAAAUUCUUCAUUUAAGCAAAGAUUUCAAGAAUGCUUAACUGGAGG